GAGAGAGGAGGAAGAGAAGAAGGGCUUAUUGCCACCUUCCAGCCAUGGACGCAUCUCGAGUCGUGGCGGUUUAUCUGGGCCUUGUUUUCUUUGGGAAUGUACCGUGUUUCCAGUCUGCUGCUCUCAUCUCUGCGCCGAGGAGGAACAGGGAGACCAGGGUCUCCCAUCCGGGCGUCCAAAGGUCAUCCAAACUCCUUAAAGACCUCAUCGCCGCCGGUCACCACAGACAAGACCCCAAGGGCGCUGUUGUCCCGCAUGAAUACAUGCUGUCCAUAUACAGGACGUACUCCGCGGCGGAGAAACUGGGACUAAACGCGUCCUUUUUCCGCUCCUCCAAAUCUGCGAACACCAUUACCAGUUUUGUGGACAGAGGAACAGACAAUCCGCUGCUCUCUCCUCUGCGCAGACAGAAGUAUCUGUUUGAUGUCUCCACCCUGUCGGAGGAAGAGGAGCUGGUCGGAGCGGAGCUGAGGGUGUUCAGGAGGGCGCACGGGACGUCGCGGACUUGGGGUCUCUACGACAUCCAGCUGCGCCCCUGCCGCUCCGACGCACUGCUGGACUCCAGGUCCCUGGACCCCGUGGACUCCGCUAAAUCCGGCUGGGAGGUUUUGGACGCGUGGGACGUGUUUAGAGCGCACCAUCCUCCCCAUCACUCCCAGCAGGGGAGGCAGCUUUGCUUCCAGCUCAGGGCCACGCAGGCAGACACCGAGGUGGACCUGAGGCAGCUGGGUCUGGACCGGAGCGGCCGGAGCCAGCAGGACAAGGCCAUCCUGGUGGUCUACACGCGCUCCAAGAAGAAGGAGAACCUGUUCAACGAGAUGAAGGAGAAGAUUAAAUCUCGGAAGGAGGAGGAGAAGGAGGAGGAGAAGGGGGCCCACACCCGGAGGGCCAAAGGAGAGGGGCCCAGGCGGCGGAGGAGGACGGCCCUGGGCAACCGGCACGGGAAGAGGCACGGGAAGAAGUCCAAGUCCAGGUGCAGCAAGAAGCCGCUGCACGUGAACUUCAAGGAGCUGGGCUGGGACGACUGGAUCAUCGCGCCGCUCGGGUACGAGGCCUACCACUGCGAGGGGGUGUGCGACUUCCCGCUCAGGUCGCACCUGGAGCCCACCAACCACGCCAUCAUACAGACACUCAUGAACUCCAUGGACCCCUACAGCACCCCGCCCAGCUGCUGCGUGCCCACCAAGCUCAGCCCCAUCAGCAUCCUGUACACGGACUCCGGGAACAACGUGGUGUACAAACAGUACGAGGAGAUGGUGGUGGAGCAGUGCGGCUGCAGGUAGCCCCCCCACUUACCUUGGUCAACCCUUACAGACAAACAUAAAAAGUCCUGUUGAGUCUGAAGUGCUUGAGGGAUGCGCACGCGCAGGAGGCGCAGUCUCCUCACUCCGUCCCCCUUAAAGCACAUUUCUUCUCAUCCACGCUCAGAGUUCUCACUCAUCAAGACGAGUCCAGGUCCAGGACCGGGCCAGACCCUUUUGGACCAAGCUGGACUGCGCGCCCUGAGAUGGGGAGAACCUGCUGAAUCCGCGCGCACCUGUUCGCGCCGAGACCGGGGGUUCCUUUGAGGUUUGUGCGUCCAGGCCGCGAUGGAUGCGGACCAGGCCCGAGCCACAGUCCGCUUUCCCAAAAAUAACCCCCUGAAUAGACAAAUAAAACAAUAAAACAAUAAAAAAAUAAA